AUGGAUACUGAAUCAUUCAAACUCGAUGUUCAUGUUCAGGCUUGGUCUCAAGGUCGGUCAUUAGGGUUCUUAAGCACCGUAGUAAUCAGUCUACAUAGAGAAGUCGAGGAAUUUCUCAUUAAAGAGAAAGAUGAUAGUGUCACGAGUCUCGGUUCUUACCCUGAUUCUUCUUGCCACGACCCACUAAUCUCUCUGAAACUACCAUGUUUUAAACCAAACGACGUCUUUCACCGUCUCCAAAGCCAACUCCACGAUCAUGUCAUGUCCGAACAGAUAUCUUCUAAGAUUGUCGAAGCCCAACGACAAAGAAGUCAAAGUUUUUACUCACAACAACAACCUUUAUUCAUGAUUGUCUCUGUCAAAUUGACUCAAAAGGUAUACAGUGUUGUCCCUUGUAUUUCUUCUCCGUCAGCAACAGAUGUGGACCAAGAAGAAGAAUCGGAGACUUGUGCAAUCUGUUUGGAGAAUAUGUCGAGAUCUGAGAAUUAUUGCCAGAUGCCUUAUUGUAAGCAUUGUUAUCAUGAAGGAUGUGUCACCAAGUGGGUGAUUGGUCAUAAUAACUCUUGCCCUCUCUGUCGCAAACCUGUUGACAAAUAG